AUGGUUAGAAAAUAUUUUGUCGCAGCUAACUGGAAAUGUAAUGGAACUUUAGAAAGUAUUAAAUCUUUAACAAACAGUUUUAACAAUUUGGAUUUUGAUCCAAGCAAAUUAGACGUUGUUGUUUUUCCUGUUUCCGUACAUUAUGAGCAUACAAGGAAAUUACUUCAGAGUAAGUUUUCUACUGGUAUUCAGAAUGUAUCAAAAUUCGGAAAUGGAUCAUACACUGGUGAAGUAAGUGCAGAAAUUGCCAAGGAUUUAAAUAUUGAAUAUGUUAUUAUUGGUCAUUUUGAAAGAAGAAAAUAUUUCCAUGAAACCGAUGAAGAUGUUCGUGAAAAAUUACAAGCUUCAUUAAAAAAUAAUUUAAAAGCCGUUGUAUGUUUUGGUGAAUCUUUAGAACAAAGAGAACAAAAUAAAACUAUCGAAGUUAUUACAAAACAAGUUAAAGCAUUUGUAGAUUUAAUUGAUAAUUUUGAUAAUGUUAUUUUGGCUUAUGAACCUUUAUGGGCUAUUGGUACUGGUAAAACAGCUACACCUGAACAAGCUCAAUUAGUACACAAAGAAAUCAGAAAAAUUGUAAAAGAUACAUGCGGAGAAAAACAAGCUAACCAAAUAAGAAUAUUAUAUGGAGGUAGUGUUAAUACUGAAAAUUGUUCUUCAUUAAUUCAACAAGAAGAUAUUGAUGGUUUCUUAGUUGGAAAUGCUUCCUUAAAAGAAUCUUUUGUUGAUAUAAUAAAAAGUGCUAUGUAA